AUGAACAACAGCCAGGUGAGCCUCGUUGCUUCGGAGGCAAGCAAUGAGGGCGCAAAUGGCUCGAACCAACCCGUGGAUGGUACAGGAGGAAAUAUCGGCAUCUCAUCUUCGGUUACUCAGCAUACCUCAGCUCCGACAAAUUUGUCGGGUUUGGUCUGCAAUGUGCACAGGACGACAGGUGAAGAGCCCCCGGGGUUGGUUGGCGCAACGACAACAAUACUGGGCGACAAGCUGUAUGUUUUUGGGGGCAGGGUACACUCUCGAACGAAACCACAGUUGUCCUCGGACCUCUACGAGCUUGAUCUCAUCCGCCGGCACUGGAUCAAGGUCGAUGCACUCGGAGAUGUACCUCCACCUCGCUACUUCCACAGUGUAUGUGCCCUCGGGGACUCGAAGCUGGUCUGCUACGGUGGCAUGUCACCUGCACCGCACAGCAGCAGGCCUGCGCAAACUGGCCAACCGGGCAAGCCAGAAGGCCAACCAGAGGUCGUGGUCAUGUCCGAUAUCCAUAUCUUUGAUGUACCUACGCGAAAAUGGACUCUAAUCCAGGCCCCUGAAAAUCCCCAAGGCCGUUACGCCCACUGUGCGGCGAUAUUGCCAUCGUCUGCUGUGUUCACAUCCGCCAAUGCUCCCUUCUCCGCCAUCCAGCAUAACCCGCCGUCUGCCGAUCCUCAUUCCGGUACGCUAGGAGUACAACUGGACGGAACUGGUGGCGCAGAAAUGGUUGUCGCCGGAGGCCAAGACAGCACGAACAGUUACAUUGAACAGUUUAGCGUCUUCAACCUGCGCAGUCUGAGGUGGACAGGCACGACAGCUUGGGACCGCAAAUGCGGAGCAUAUAAAAGCAUGGUUGCUCCCAUGACAGGACUAUCCGCGGAGCUGAUUGGUCGAGGGGUUCCGUUGAAUGAUCCACAAGCCCAAAGAGCCAGUUCGCGUCCCGGGACAUCGAUGCUGAUAUACUCCAAUUACAACUUCCUGGACGUCAAGCUGGAGCUGCAGGUUCGCUUACCAGACGGUUCAUUGAUGGAGAAGCCUGUAACUGGCACCGUGUCCCCGCCUGGGCUGCGCUUUCCCAAUGGCGGCAUCAUUGAUGGCCACUUUGUAGUCAGCGGGACAUACCUGACUUCGUCGAAACACGAGUACGCGCUGUGGGCGCUGGAUCUCAAAACUUUAACGUGGGCACGCAUUGACACGAAUGGCUUGAUCUUCUCCCAAGGGAGCUGGAACCGGGGUGUGCUGUGGAACCGAAGAAAUACGUUUGUUAUUCUUGGGAACCGGAAGCGAAGCCUGGUGGACGACUACAACCAUCGACGGAUCAAUUUCAGUCACGUUUGCAUGGUUGAGCUGGAAGCAUUUGGCCUUUAUGACAACCCUAGAAAGGUGGCUCCGACCUCGGGCUAUGUUUCGGUAUCUGCUCCCAACAUUCCUCCGUCGAUGCAAUCGAGUCUGCUGGGUCAAACCGCUGGCGGAAGACCAUACAAUAGCACCGCCGAACAACUCGGUCAGGCGGCUUUGAGUCUGCCAGAGCUCUCUGACAUGGAGAUUGUGGCAUUGGGCGGAGAAAAGAUUCCGUGCAACUCAUACAUCCUGUCUCGACGCUGGGGCCCGUUCUUUAAUCAGCUCCUGGCUGAGUCUGUGUCAACGCACGAGAAUGUCAGUAUAUCGGACGGGGCGACGUUGAAGCCAAGUAUGAGGUCGCAGGCCAGCCGCAACUCUACGCUGACGAUCACGCCAGCCGCAGCGAAUGGCCUGGCAGUGGCUACGGCAGGAAGUGAUGGCAUCCUGGAUCCCCAGAGAUCACUGAGUCGAUCCACGGCCAGAACACUGGUCGAGCUGCCGAACACCAUCAACAUCCCACCUUCAAGUCGACCGAGAUCCUUGUACCUGCCUCACAUGGCUCCCACGAUCCACCUGUUGCUACAUUUCCUCUACACAUCUUCGCUGCCACCGGUGGGAUCACCAUUGUGCACACCGCACACGCUGUGCUCUCUGUUGCAGAUGGCCAGACCCUACCAGGUCGACGGACUGCUGGAAGCCACAGUCGAACGUCUGCAUGAGGUGUUGGACGGGCGAAACUCUGCCGCCGUCUUCAAUGCGGCUGCGAUGGCUGCAGGAGGUGGCCGAGGCCUCCGGGGUGUUGCCGGCAGCAACCUGGUAGGCAUGAGUCGACGAGAGAGCGAAGCCACGACCAUUGCAGAAGCCACAGUGGGUCUCACGAACAAGACUGCGGGACUCAAGCUGGCGACAAACUACGAAGAGCCCAGCAAGAAAAGAGGGCAUGGAAAGUCGAGUUCAAUGGAUUCAGCAUCGACGGCCACUUCGGCGUCAACGUCGACUGACAUGUCCCGAACGGACACCGAGACGUCGGGGCAAGACGACAACGCCGAGCACACUGGACAUGGAGAGAGGGACUCGCAAGAAAUAUGGACGGGCGAUCUCAGCUCAGUGAUUGGGCUUCAGAAACGGGGUCUGCGAGGACUAAUGGAAGGGCGGCGAUUGAGAGAACGGGCAAAUACUGGAGGUACAGGCGGAGAAUAG